AUGAGUCCAAGUAUAGAUGGGAAGAUCAAGAAGAAGUCUUUAAAGAAAUCAGUCAAGAAGGAAACAGCUUUAGACUUGGCUGAAAAGAUCAAAAGAAAAGCUUUACUAGAUAAAAAGAAUAAUGAAUCAAAAGAAUCAAAAGUUAAAGAACCAGAAUCAGAACCAGAAUCACAAGAUGAAGAAGAAUCAAAAGAAACAGAAGAAUCCAAACCAACAAUAAAUUCAUUUAAAGAUCUUAAAUUGAUCCCAGAAUUACUUGAAGCAUGUCAAGCUUUAAAAUUCGAUAAACCAACUCCAAUCCAAGCAGAAGCUAUUCCUCAUGGUAUUGAAGGACGUGAUUUAAUUGGAUUAGCUCAAACAGGUUCAGGUAAAACCGCUGCGUUCGCUAUCCCAAUCUUACAAGCACUUUGGUAUGCACAAACACCAUAUUUCGCUACAGUUUUAGCACCAACAAGAGAAUUAGCUUAUCAAAUUAAAGAUACUUUUGAUGCAUUAGGUUCAGGUAUGGGAUUAAGAAGUGUUUGUAUUGUUGGUGGUAUGGAUAUGAUGGAACAAGCUAGAGAUUUGAUGCGUAAACCUCAUGUUAUUGUUGCUACCCCUGGUAGAUUAAUGGAUCAUUUAGAACAUUUAAAAGGGUUUUCAUUACGUGCUUUAAAAUUCUUGGUUAUGGAUGAAGCUGAUAGAUUAUUAGAUAUGGAAUUUGGUCCUGUAUUAGAUAAAAUUUUCAAAGUUAUUCCAAGAGAAAGAACCACUUAUUUAUUCUCUGCUACCAUGACAAAUAAAAUUGAUAAAUUACAACGUGCUUCAUUAACUAAUCCUGUUAAAGUUUCAGUUUCUGAUAGAUAUUCUACAGUGGAUACUUUGAUUCAAUCAAUGAUGAUUGUUCCAGAUGGUCAAAAAAAUACAUAUUUGAUUUAUUUAUUAAAUCAAUUUGAAGGGAAAUCAAUAAUUAUAUUUACAAGAACUUGUGCACAUUCACAAAGAACCGCAUUAUUAUCACGUAUAUUAGGUUUCAGUGCUGUUCCAUUACAUGGUCAAUUAACUCAAUCACAAAGAUUAAGUGCCUUGAAUAGAUUCAAAUCAGGUAAAACAAAUAUAUUAGUAGCUACAGAUGUUGCAGCAAGAGGGUUAGAUAUUCCAUCAGUUGAUAUUGUUAUAAAUUAUGAUAUUCCAACAGAUUCAAAAGCUUAUAUUCAUAGAGUUGGUAGAACUGCAAGAGCUGGUAGAUCAGGGAAAUCAGUUAGUUUAGUUACACAAUAUGAUUUAGAAUUAUUAAUUAGAAUUGAAGCAAUUAUUAAUAUGAAAUUACCAAAAGAAUCUGUUAAUAGAGAUGAAAUUUUAUCAUUACAUGAUUAUGUUGAUAAAGCAACUGCUCAAGCUAUUCGUGAAACUAAAGAAUUUCAAGAAACUAAAGGUAAAGGUGGUAAACGUGGUAAAAAAGAUUAUGGUGAUAGAGAAGAACGCUAA